UGAAGAGUCCUAGGGAGAUGAAGCUAUUUUUGUUCGAAGCUGAUACUUCUGCCUGAGCCACAAGUACUGCCUAGAAAGGGCUCAGGUUGUUUCCAGGGGGGAAGAACUCUGCAGAGAAGAGACAAAGUUCAACAGGACAACAAAGGAGCAGCAGAAACAGCCAGGAAAACGAAGAGCCCUCACGCUUUCACACCAAGCCGCCUAUCAGAGUUCUCCAAUCCUAAAGUAUUCUGCAAAGUGCCACUUGACCGGAACUUUUCGCCUGCCUUUUCCUUUCUCCAACCACCAUGACUGAGAUCACGGCUGAAGGAAAUGCAUCUACUACCACAACUGUGAUAGACAGCAAAAAUGGAUCUGUGCCCAAAUCCCCUGGAAAAGUGCUGAAGAGGACAGUCACUGAAGACAUAGUGACGACAUUCAGCUCCCCAGCAGCCUGGCUUCUGGUCAUUGCUCUGAUCAUCACAUGGUCGGCUGUGGCUGUUGUUAUGUUUGACUUAGUGGAUUACAAAAACUUGUCAGCAAGCUCUAUUUCCAAGAUUGGCUCAGAUCCUCUAAAACUUGUUCACGAUGCUGUGGAGGAAACCACGGACUGGGUCUAUGGCUUCUUUUCUUUGUUGUCUGACAUCCUCUCGUCUGAAGAUGAAGAUGAUGAUGAUGGAGAGGAGGACACUGAUAAAGGAGAGAUAGAGGAGCCUCCUUUGAAAAAAAAAGAAAUACAAAAAGAAAAGACUGAAAAGAAAGAGAAACCUGAAAGGAAAAUACAACCUAAAGUUACACACAGAGAAAAAGAAAAAGACAAAGAAAAAGCAAAAGAAAAACCUGAAAAAAAAGCAACUCACAAGGAAAAAAUUGAGAAAAAAGAAAAACCAGAAACAAAGACAGUGGCAAAAGAAGAGAAGAAAGCUAAGACUAAAGAAAAGACUGAUGAAAAGACUAAAAAGGAAGUGAAAGGUGCAAAACAGGAGAAGGUGAAGCAAACAGCUGCAAAAGUAAAAGAAGCAUCUCCGAAGCCCAAAGAGAAGGAGAAAGACGCUGCGGCUGCGUCCAGGCACGAGCAGAAAGAUCAGUAUGCAUUCUGUCGAUAUAUGAUUGACAUAUUUGUCCAUGGGGAUUUAAAACCAGGACAAAGCCCAGCCAUACCACCUCCGUCACCAACACAGCAAGCUUCCCAACCCCCUCCGGCAUCACCCACUCUUGAAGAAAAAGAAGGAGAAAAGCAGAAAGCUGAGAAGAAAGUGACUCCUGAAAUGAAAAAGAAAGAAAAAGAAGAUGUCAAAAAGAAACCUGAGAAGGAAACUGUCGUGGAUGUGAAGAAAAAAGAGCCUGGCAAAACCCCAGAAACCAAACAAGGGACAAUAAAAGUUGCAGCACAAGCAGCAACUAAAAAAGAUGAAAAGAAGGAAGAUUCCAAGAAAACAAAAACACCUGCAGAAGAACCACACAAGGGAAAAAAACAGGAAAAGAAAGAAAAACAUGUGGAACCAGCAAAGUUGCCAAAGAAGGAACAUUCAGCUCCAAGUGAAAAACAAGUUAAAGCAAAAACUGAACGAGCCAAAGAAGAGGUUGGUGCUGCCUCAACUAAAAAAGCUGUACCUGGGAAGAAGGAAGAGAAAACAAGCAAGACAGUGGAGCAAGAAAUCAGAAAAGAAAGAUCUGGGAAGACUUCUUCAGUUCUGAAGGCUAAAGAACCUGUUAAGGGGAAAGAAGUGAAAGUUCCAGCUUCCCUAAAGGAAAAAGAACCUGAAAUUAAAAAAGAAGAAAAGAUAUCCAAAGCAGGCAAAGAAGUCAAGCCCAAGUCUCCACAGCCACAAGUAAAAAAAGAAGAGAAGCCAGAGUCACAAAUUAAAAAGGAAGCAAAACCAGCUUUAUCGGAAAAAGCUCAAAUACACAAACAAGAAAUGGUGAAACCAGAAAAGACUGUUUCUCAGGGUAAACCAGAUGAAAAAGUUGCCAAGCAGGUAAAAGCUACCACAAUAGAAAAAACAGUCAAACCCAAACCAGCAAAAAAAGCUGAACCAGAAAAAGAAUCUCCAUCUCUAAAAACAGACAAACCAAAACCAACUUCAAAGAAAACAUCAGAAGUUACAGAGUCAGUGAAGACGAAAGUUGAAAAAUCUGAAAAGGAAAGUAAAGAAAAAGCAGAAAUGAAACAUCUUAAAGGAGAAAAAGUACCAACAAGAAAAGAAAGUCUUCAAUCACACAAUGUGACAAAAGCAGAAAAACCUGCAAGAGUGUCAAGAGAUUCUGAAGAUGUACCAGCUUCAAAGACAGCUAAAGAAGAAGCUGAAGACGUGCCUUCCACAAAGAAGCAAAAAAGCCCCAUCAGUUUCUUCCAAUGUGUCUACUUGGAUGGAUACAAUGGCUACGGAUUUCAGUUUCCUGUCACUCCUGCACACAGCCCUGGAGAGAGCUCUGGCCAGCCAAGUUCUCCAGGACAGAAACAACAAAGACCGUAGAUACACGUGCAUGACCCUUCAAGGGCUUUAACUUUGAAAAUAGGAUCCUCUGUUUGUCCACAGUGGCACAGGCAAUUGAAAUCAUAUAGUAUGGGGAAUUUAUUUUAAAAUAUUUUACUCUUCUGCCUGGUGUAGAGAGAAAGGGCAGGCAGGGGGAUUGAAUGAUAAGCAGACAAGAUGAAGAGUCUGGCAGUCAAGAAUCUGUCAUUUGUUUGUUGCUGGGUGUGAGAGCUUAUAUUUUUCUAUUUCCACUCACUGUAGAGUUGUUCGCAAACGAAUUUAAAGUUUACUUAAUAAUAGUCUUUUAAACAUAAUUGACACAACUACAAACUGAAAUUCCUGGCUUCAGUUAGAUAUUUAUUUUUAAGUGAAAAUAUAGACUAUGCUUUAAGUUUAAAGGGUAUAGAAGCUUAUAUAAAAGCUGCUGUUUUGCACCAUGUGGGUAUCUAAACUCAGUUUACCCAAUAAGUUAGUGUUUAAUGGUUUAAUUUUAUUUCUGCCUAUCUCUAUUUUAGUUGUGACUAUGCUCUGAAAAUGGGUAACAGUUGCACCAAAGAAUAUUAUCAAGUUCUUUGUGAUGCUCUUUUAGAGCUCAAAAUAUCUCUGAACUUUUUAGACAUGACACAAUGGAGUAGAAAUGUUUGAUGAAUCUUCUAAGAUUUGUCUUGAAUUACGAUGAGGACAUUCGCUCCAGUGGAAAUACACCAUCCAAUUAGGCAAGUCUGGUGAAUCAUUUGUUUAAAUGUAAGCAAAUGAGAUGUAGAAUUUUCAGAUUUCUCCAGACUGAGCCCUAAUGAAAAUGUCACCUGGGUGAAAUUUUAGAUCAAUCACUUAAUUUGGGUGACAGAUACAAAAGUAUUUUCGUUUCACUUUAAUAGGAUCAUUCUGAGGAGGUAAACAGGUUUUAUUUCUCAAAAUGGAAAAAUAUGAAUGUCAUCAAAGUGGAAGGAAUGCAUUUUAACCAUAAGUGCUUCAUAAGACGUCUUACUUGUAUUUUUUAGUUAAUUGGUUACCAGCGCCAAUGAAAUGGAUGACAAUCUCACUUACUUGACGAUGCAUCACUGGGAAUGACUAUUAGUUUUACCAUCCUUUUGUCUCCCAGUGAUAUAAACACUUGUGUUUUUUUCUACCACAUUUUUCUAUCAACUCUAAAAGUCAUGUCACUGUGACCUUUAUCAUGUUUACAGUUGCAAUUCAACUUAUGACACAUUAACUCAGGAAAUAAAUUGAGUUAUUCUUUCUGGCUUUGUAAGUAUCUUUUGCAAAGUCUGAAUUGCCAGAGCCAACACUAGCCAAGUGAUUUAUUUUCAAGGACUGCAACUAAGUUCUUUACGUCCAAGAUACAGAACACCGUUUUACUAAAAUGUCAUUGGGCUAGGGCAUCCAUAAUAUGUGCAUUAUUAAUAAUGGAUUUUCAGUGACUUUCGUAAAAAUUUAGUCUUGGCCACAGGCUGGUGGGCCUAACUCACACCACAAGAGCCAAUGGUACAAUGAGCCAA